AGUUAUUUUUCAGUUGAGCAAAAAGAGCAGAGGUAGUAGAUUUGUUAGAUUUGAUGAAUUAUAGGUGUAUUGUUGUGGAAUUUUAUAUUACGGUCCUUAUUGUUAUUAGCAAAUAUUUAUGAAAUAACAUUUCCGGAAAGUAUGCGAAAUUAGCACUCCAAUCACGAAAAUCCGUCAGUUUAAUAAAAGUAAAGUAAUAAUAUUAAAUAAUUAUAAUACUAAUAAAUGAAAAAGUGGUGUUUUGUUUGUUUGUAAAGUGCAGUGUGUGUUAAUAAUUAAAGCAAAAUACAAAUAUAUAUAUAUAUGCACACAUAGUAUAUAUAACGUGCCUAACUACUUGUCGAUGAAUUGCUAUGGUUGGUGUGGAUUCAUUGUAAAAAGUGUCAGUGGCAGUGGCAGUUGCAUAAAUAAGUUGUUUGGUUGGUUGCGCAGCGUACGUAAAAGUGUGUAGUGCUGUGAUAUUGUGCUCCCAAAAUAUAUUGUGUCUUCUAUUAAUCACCGUGGUUUGGAGCUAAUAUUCUGGGCAGUAUAUUAUCAAAAUUAUAGGGGGAAAUCUACCGUGUGAAAUUAAUUGAUUUUCAAAAAUAUAUAUAACAAAAUUUCAAUGAACUGUGUCGCCUUUUCCAAUACUUAAUUAAAGAAAAAACCAAAAAAAGGCAACAAAAUUCAAUUCGUUUUUGUUUACAACUCUUCAUUACAUUCCGAAACUACGGAUCCCCAAGGGACGUCCGUCUCUAAUCCACCAUCGGAUACAGAGCGAUUUGCGUCAUCUGACAGUGAAGUUGAAUUUGCAACAACAGCUACAACCACGGGGAUCAAAACGACGGCAUCGGCUGCGGAACCAUAUAUAAUACAACAAAUACGCAGAGAAACGCAACAACAAAACAACAGCAUUCAUACGCAAUUUAGUACCACUAAGCAGACACAUUUAUCACAAAUUACGGAUAUGGCAGCUGUGGUGCGCAAGAAACAGGAUGACAAGUAUCUGCAGGUAUUGCGAGAAUUGGUGACCAACGGUGGUGGCAAUAGGCAAUGUUUCGAUUGUGGACAGAAGGGUCCCACGUAUGUCAACAUGACAAUUGGAUCGUUCGUCUGUACAAGGUGUUCCGGAGUGCUACGCGGUCUCACCCCACCACAUAGAGUCAAAUCAAUUUCUAUGGCUACUUUCACACAAGAUGAUGUCGAUUUUCUGAAAAGUCAUGGAAAUGAUGAAUGCGCUAAAACCUGGCUGGGCCUUUGGGAUCCCAAGCGUGCCGUGCAUCAAGAUCAGCGGGAAUUGAUGAUUGACAAAUACGAGCGUAAACGUUACUAUUUGGAGCCAGCUAGUCCACUUAAAUCUUUGACGAAUGCGGUUUCGCUCAAAAACGGUUCGACGUCAGGGGCAACGGGUGUGGAUGUGGCAACAACAUCAGGCGUAAGGGCGGCUACGACAACAGGUAGCUCCUCAGCAGCAACAAACGGCAGCAGCACUUACAAGAGCAACGGUGAUGGGCAAAUCGAUUUUGCGCACGUGUCUAAUGGUUUUGGUCAUAAUGGGCACAAUACCAAAAAUCAAUAUAAAAAUGGAGAGCGUAGCUUUCAAUUGACGCCGCCCAGUACACAGCGUACCACAAUGAAUGGUUUGCAUAAAUCCGUCACUACGACAUCGGUGUCGGCACCAAAUAGUUCGGGCAAGUCAACGUCCGCCAUAAGUCGGCCACAACAGCAUCAACAAAACGGCUACAGCCAUUUGCAGGAUGCGUUUAUGCCGAAAAACAGUAAUCUAAACAACGGCAAUGGCGGUAGCAAUCAUAAUGAGCUCAAUGUCUUGCAUAUGACAUCCAGCCGUAUGUCGGACAGUAGCAGCUCGACAAGUGUGAAUGGUUUUGGCGCGGACGCAGACUUUGUUGCCGAUUUUGGUUCGGCGAAUAUUUUCGAUGCCACAACGGUGAGCCGUAACAAAAUAAGUUCGCCUCCAAUAUUGAAUGGCGGUGUCAGUGCGAUAUCCAGUAACUGUUAUGCUAGAAUACAACCAUUGAAGAAGCAACAACAACAAUACCAACUAUUAAAUGGCCAUGGACAGACGAAUGGUCAUAGCUCUCACGGCGAUACGAUCGACAAUGGUACAUCGGAGAAUUUUGCCGAUUUCGAGCAUGCGCCCAUUUUCAAUGCGGCUGCCAACUUUAGUUUUGUCAGGAAGACUGUGAUUAAACGUUGCGUCGGUGGCCAGCAAAAAGAUAGUAAACCAAAUUCAAUAUCAAGUGCGAAAAGUUCGGAUGUCGGUAGCUCGCAAAAAGACAGUAAAAAGAAUUCUGUCUCAAGUGCGAAAAGUUCGGAAGUUCACACCGAUAUUGGAUCUACCCCACAGUCUGUAUCAGCUACAGAAUAUGUGUUAGAUAAAAAUCUAUACGCCGACAUUAGACAAGCCUCAACACAUUCUGGAACUGCCAGCACCAGUGACACCAAUGGCAACCGUAAAUCGAGCGUAAUCAUUGUGGAAAAUGUCAGUAAUAUUCCAAUGGAACCGGCUAAAAUCUUGAAUAGUGUAGAGAAAUCACCGCAAGUGCUUGGUGCAACAAUGCAAAAUGCCGUCAGCGAAUUGACAUCGCAACUGAGAAAUACACAAUCCUGUCUACCACCGGACCAUUGUCCGACACCACAACAAGCUGAUUAUUGUGCCUAUGGUUCACAGGUCAAUUGUGUGCCGCAAUCGCCUGAUAUGUGUAAUCAAGCACUCAGUCAACAGCCGAAUCAAGAUCAGGGCAAUUACUGUGCUGGUAAUGGUAAUGUGCCGCAAAUGGAUUGGUGUCAAUAUGCAAAUAGUCCACCCUUUUGGCCACCCAAUAAUCCAAAUAUGCAAGGCAAUACACCCAUGGUAUCAAAUGUUGCGCCCGCUCCGAAUUCCCUAAAUGCCGAGCCACAACAGUGUCCGCCAAUAUUUUGCGCGCAACCAAAAUUUUAUGGUCCGACAGGCUUUGCCACACCCUGCUCCCCAAAUAUCUGUACACCACCGCCACAAGUGGACGCUACUGUCGCUGGUCUCAGUUAUGCCGCCAUACCACAACAGACCAUUAUAAAUACAGCGCAGAAUCGACCACAACAUGGACCUGAAAUCAAUGCCGAAGCAUGUUUGGAACCAACACCAUCGUACAGAAGUUGUGCGAAGGGUUGUAUGCCAAUUAAUUCAAUACCCGUGGGGGAUCCAAUAAUAGAUCCAUCCUGCAAUUUGCACUCACCUUAUAGUAAUUGCUUCUGUAGCAAUUGGUGUCUACCGAUACCCAAUAAUAAUAACAACUCUCGAACGAUGAACAUUCACCAGAAUAAUAGCCACAACAACAACAAUAACAAUAAUGCACUUAGCUCAACACCCAGCGAGGAUAGAUAUGCGGCACUCAAAGAUCUGGACGAGCAAUUGCGCGAAAGCAAAGCAGCGGCCACAGUUGUGAAUGCCUAUAGUGUGGACGCAUUCGGAAAUACUGGCAUUAGUAACGGCGUUAAUCCCUUUAAGCAUCAGCAGGCAAAUCCGUUCCAGGCAGUCAAUCACGGCACAUCGCCAACAGCCACACAAAACUAUUUUGGUCAAAUGACAGUGAUAACGAACGGCAAUGGCAUGCCGUCACACGCACCAACAGCCGCCGCCCAAUUCUACAACUACACCAAUGGCUUUGGCAAUGCAGCAACUACGGCCGGCACAGCGACUGCUAUGUUUCCGCACACUGUAAUGGCGGCUGGACCAAGCGGCUGUGGGUUCGGUCUAGGUGCACUACAGCCAACGGCGAUUGCGGCCACUGGCGCCGGAGGCGGUGCAGCUUUCAACAAUCCCUUUGCGGCAAGCGGCGCGAUGGCCACCAAUAAUCCCUUCUUAUGAGAUAUUUGCGGUAAUCGCUAUGAGACGGAGCCGAAGCGCAACUACAAAGCGCAUCCUUACUAAAUCUAUAUAAAAAAUAUUACUUAUAUAUUUAAGUGGAAUUUUGUGGGCCCAGCGUGUGGUACUGCAACAAGGACAGCACACAUACUUGAUUUCCAGGAAGAAUAGUUUAGUUUAAUGCUGUGGCGAAAGUUGAUAAUGUUCAUUAAACCAAAUUAAUUGUUUCCAAAUAUAUUUAAAUUGCGAACGUGCGUAUGAAAUUUAUAUAUGUAUAUAUAUAAUUGUUGUAUAUAUACAUAUAUAUACGAAAAAAAAAAAAAACAAAAACAAAAAUUAAUAACGAUACUUUUUAUGACAACCAACCAAAAAGAAGUAGAAAUGAUUUGCCUGAAUUGCUCACGAUUUAAAUUGCUCAGCGGGUGUUUAAGAAACUCCAAAAAAACGGAAAAAAUUUAAAAUAGUGAAAACAUUAAAAUAUCUAUAAAUAAAGCGUAAAAUAGUCCAUUUCAUGCGGAGUAAAAAAAUUUAGUAGGCGUAAAGCUCUUUUACAUACAUCUACAACUAAUAAUAUGUAUGAAUAAUCGGAUAACUUAAUAUGCAUAAAUUCGUCUAUAUAAUUACAAAAACAAAACGAAACACUUAUACACACAUAAUCAAUGAAGAUUUGGAAUUUUAGUAUUGGAUUUCCUUUAGUUUUGUCGAACACAACAACAAAAGAAAAACUUUUGCUGGCCAUUGAAAAGAACAAAUCCAUAGAGUUAUCGUACAUACAACAAAAAUGCUCUAGCAGCUGUAUAGAACAAAAUGUAACGGAAAUGCUUUAAGAUGAAACUAACUAAAUACUAAAUAAAAUAUACUUAGGUUUAACAGCGACCUAACAAAAAAUGUAAAUUUUCAACUAGAAAAAGUGAACUGUAAAUCAAAAAUGUUAAAUAUUAAAUAUUAAAUAGAAACGUUGCAUAAAUAAGUGAAAUGAAAUAUUUUGAUUAUUAUGAAAACAAAAUAAUAAUAAUAAUUAGAUAGCCACAACAUGUAGAAAGUUUUGCAGAAAUCUCAUAUGCGGAAAGGCGGUUUCAUAAAUGUAAAAUACAACAGAAAUGUUUAAA